GCAGAGAAUGAUGCGGGUGAGAGCAAUAGCCCAAACGUCCCAUUCUCUGCCGGCGGCAUGAUGGACACCAUUCUCACAACCACUGGCCAUGUAUCACCCCUUGCGCAACUUGUCGUCUUCUUUUAUAAGCUCCUAGGCACGCAAUUUGGUCUGGACCCGUCAAUGGUGCUGGCCAUUUUGGGAUUCAUAUGGGGCGCGUUAAAGAUCGGGUCGCAGAUUUACGAUUACUCCCAGCGAUUUGUUGACGAUUAUCUCAUAAAUAACCAAUACCUCAUGGCUCAGACUGUCUGGAAGACUGCGUGGGAAGAGGAAGAAGAGCUGGAAGACGCCUUGUUCUGGACGGAUGGUGGCGAAGUUAACGGUGGCAAUAGGAUGUACCUGAAUUUCGCCAACCAAGCAGCCAGAUCGAGCCCCAGGUUUGUUCCCGCUAUGGGUUCGACAGCAUUUUGGCAUAAGGGGACCUACUUUCGGGUUCACCGAAAAAAAGAGUCGUUCAUCAACACUCAUUCUUGGGGAGGCCCCAUGAAAGACUUGGAAGAGAUCAAGGUUUCUUGUUUUGGUCGUUCUAUAGAUCCAAUCAAGGAGUUACUUUCGGAUGCCAAGGCUCUUUACUACAACGACACUCGUCAAAAGACAACCAUCUAUCGUCCCAGAGUCAAGGAACAGAGAAGGGAUCAUAACAUGUGGCAGCAAGUAGCACGACGCCCCGUAAGGGCCAUGUCGACGGUUGUGCUCGACUCGAGCGAAAAGCAUGAUAUUCUGGCCGACGUGAACGAGUAUUUGCACCCCUGGACGCCGCGGUGGUAUGCGUCUCGCGGCAUUCCAUUGAGGCGUGGGUAUCUUUUCCAUGGGCCACCAGGUACCGGAAAGACGAGUUUCUCUUUCGCGCUAGCGGGCGUGUUUGGCAUCGACAUUUAUGUUAUUAGCCUGCAAGACGCCGGUGUAAACGAAGAAGAUCUUGCGACAUUGUUUACUAAACUGCCACGAAGGUGCAUUGUUCUUCUGGAGGACAUUGACACUGCAGGGCUACGACGAGAUCUUAGCUCUGAGAGUGACGAUAAGACAGAGAAUAGCGAAGACAAGGGCAAGAAGGAGAAGAAGGAGAAGAAGAAGAAGAAGAAGCAUAAUACCACAUCUGACACCAGUGACAGCGAGUCGGAGAGCGAGGUUGAAAUUAAACCGAAAAAGAGGGGGCUUAGAAAGAAGGAUGCCGCCAAGAAGAACCCCGUAGCUGUGGACGGCAUAUCUCUGUCUGGUCUCCUCAACGCCAUUGAUGGCGUUGCAUCUCACGAAGGCCGCGUCCUGAUCAUGACGACCAACAAGCCCGAGGCCCUGGAUGAAGCGUUGAUUCGUCCUGGCAGAGUAGACGUCCAAGUGAGAUUCAGCAAUGCUAGUAGCAUUCAAGCUGGAGAACUAUUCCAUCGGAUGUAUGAGGUAUCUCGCCAAAAUGAGACAACCAAGACGACAGUGGUGGGGGAGCUGCCAGAUAAGUCGAACGAACAGCCGGCGGCGAAGCACGAUGCCGAAGAGCUAGAAGAAAUCACAGCCGACGAGAUGAAGGAGAUUUCGGAAGAGUUUGGACGCCGGAUCCCAGAGGGUGUUUUCUCUCCCGCGGAGAUCCAGGGGUUCUUGCUCAAGCGCAAAAAGUCUCCGCGCCGAGCGUUGGAAGAAAUCUCAGAAUGGGUAGAAGCGACGAUGCGACAGAAGGAGGCGAAUUCUAAAGUCUCGACUAUGCAGUGAGCUGGACUGAGCUGGACUGAGCGAUAAGAUGCCAUCUUUAAGUAAGGAGGGGGUGCAACAACUGUGGGUUUCGCGGUUCAUGGGGAAAAACUCAUGUCAUAUCAUAUUGCAGUGUUUCAUUUCAAGUCACAGGUAUUUCGGUUGCUGUGGUGGGUUCUGUGUUGAGAGUCGAUCGCCUCCAUGUUACUUGCAUAGGCCGCUUUCGAUCGUUUUCAUAGUCUUGACCGCGAUAAUAAUUCAUCAUUGCUGAG